AGGAUGGUAUUAACUGGUUUGCCCAAAUAUGAAUCUAUAACCUAGAGAGCUGAAAGUCAUAACAUUGCAGGCAAAGGGAUAGUUACAGUUGCCCGCUACAAACCUUUAUUAACAAUAGCUUUAAUUAAUUAAACAUUGAUAGGUCAGCUAAACAGUCAAGAAUGUUAGGUAUAGAUAGAGUCAGAAGACAAAAGCCAGUUAUUAGGUAAUGACAUUAACUAACUAACCUAGCUUCUAUCUAGUAUACAAGUAUCAAGCAGUUAGGCUUCUCCAGAAAGAGACCUCAAGCAUUCCCAGAAAUGACCACUUAGAACACAGCAAAGACUAAAAGAAAACAAAUACAGUAACCUUGAGAUCUACCUACAUAUGAACAUCCAGUUUAUACCCAAAAAUGGGGUAGACUGCCUACAAUUAAGUAACAUUAUCACCAAUAUAAUGACAUGCACGUGAAAACUUCUCUUUUUGGCAAAUCCACCAAAGUAAUGGCCACAAAGGAAAUGCCCAGCACAACUGUGUAGUCAUAGUCUAGCUGUCUGUAUCUAUACAAAUUAUAUCAGAAGCACCACAUCUGACUUCGUUGUGUGAUUACCGUUAUGCAUAAUACAUGAGCAUCAACCUAAUUGUUCCUAAAAUCAUUCAUCUUCAGAUUCUUUGGAAUUAGAACCUAGAACGCAAUUUGCAAGGCCACCACCCACACGUCAAAAUUCUAUAAGACCACUGCCGCAUUUAUGCAACCACAGUGCAGCAACUGCAACCCAGUACAGCAUGAUGGCAGUCCCCCUGGUGGUCAUCACCGCAGCUUGCACGGUUCUCCACACGACUGCAAGUGAAGCAAGCACGCCGUUCGAAUCGGUCGCGAGAACGAGAAUGAGACUGCCGGCAGAGAGGAUCAACCGUCGGGCACUAUUCUCCAUUCAAGUUGAGCAGAACAAGACAUGCCUCUAUCCUAACAACGCAGAUACUAUUAGGGACACCCCUAUGCACUGUUUUGAUAGCUGCCAACGCAGUUGCGCUCAAGAGAUUGCGUCAAGCGGCAAUCUCUAUCUCAGUUGCUUCCUGUCUGGCUGUGGAAUCAAGUCUCAAUCAAGCAGAUCCUCUGAUAUUCUAACAACCAGUCCAAGAACAGACAUCAAUCAGCUUGUACCUGACUACUCUGCUGUAGCUAGAAAAGCAGGCCAACCUCGAGCUAUUGCUUUUCAUGACACUGGUACUUUCCAACGAGGAAUCGGAGUCAAAGGGGAAGCUGUAUUGACAAUCAAUCUCAAAAAUCUUCGAAAGCAAGGCUUCCGAUUUGAUUACUUUUCUGCUAGAGUUGGUAUGGAUUCAGCUGCUCCUGGUAACUGCAGCGUUCAAAGACUUAUGGUAAAGAUUUCUACUGACAGAUAUGAGCCUCUGAUCACGAGGGUGGGAAAACUGAAAAGCAAAGAGAUCUUGUACAGAGUAAAACAAGCAUCGCAUCUUGAGCUUUCAAUUGUUCCAUCAAACAGUAGCAAAGCAAACAAUUGCCAUUAUAGUGCUUGGGGUGAAGCUAAACUAACUGAUGGAAUUCCUCUGUUUCCUUCAUGCCUUGGUCAUUGUACCAUUCGGGCACACAGCCAGAAGCUACCACUCAGCUGUGUCAUGGGCAGUUGCCCGGGACAAGAGGUUCACAAGAAAGUCAAGGACAUUAUGAGACUAGAGAAAGACAGAAGUGAUACCCAAAUAUGUGUUGACUAUCCAUGCCAUACUGAGUCAGAUGAAAAAAAGAUAAUAACAGCCAGAGGUAUCACUAUGACAACAGGAGGUACAGUUUCCUUCAAUCUCACGGAAAUACGACAGCUUGGGUACAAAGCAGACAUUCUCAAGACCAAUCUGUCAGUAAUAGCACGUUGUUCACAAAUGAAUGCAAGUGUACGACCAAAACGUGGAAUAAACAUAAUUUUUGAAGCAACUUUAGACCGUACUAAUAUUUACAAGCGAACAUUCCAUGAGCUAACAUCCGGUGAUCAAAGUGAGGUCGAAGUAGUCCUUGAUGUGUCUCAAGGAUCAAGAAUAGCUUUGACUGUCAACGGCACUAGCAAUGACGUGUGUGCAGUUGCAAUAUGGAAGAAUGCCCAUCUCGAAGGAUCCAAGCCAUACCAAUUUGAAAAAUGCCACAAGAAAUGCCAGGAAGCAGCUGAACAUGGUCAUAUCUACCUCAGUUGCUUCAUAGGUGUCUGCUCAGCUCAGGUAACAUACAAGAGCAAUGAACCUUUCUUCACACUACAUCACCAGAGGUGGGGAAUAGGAGCAGAUAGGCCAGGAGGAUGGAAAGAUGGCAGAAAUAACAUCAGGUUUAAACAUGCACCACUCUUUGAAUCUAGCCAUGGCUCUGUGCAAAUAUUAGAUUGCAACUUCGGAAUUGGGGCAUACUCACCUUCCAGUAUGACAUUCAAUUUGAAUGCAUUCAGAGAACAUGGAUUCCAUUUUAAUGCUUUCUCUGUAAUUAUUGGAAUUGAUGUGAAUUCAGGUUGCAGAAACACAACAGGCAGCAUCUUCCAAAUCUACCUCGAUAAUAGUCACAGUCCUGUGUUUGAUAAAUAUGUAGCUACAAUGGAUUCUGUGCACGAACUCCUUGUACCUGUGAAAAAUGCAAGCAAGCUUCGCCUAACUACACUCAACAUGUUUGGUCACCUUUGCAGCAAUGCAGCAUGGGGACUUGCUCAACUGGUUGAGAUAUCACCCAUGAACUUCUCACUAUAAGAUCUAUUGCAAUUAUGCAUACCAUCAGGUAUGUUGAUAAUGUGCCUGGUGUAGUUAUGCAUUGACUGAUGUCGUUAUUUAUUAGAUGUGAAGACUAUACAUUAUACCAUAUAUGCGUAUAUAUAUAGUAUAUAUAUACAGGAAGAGAGACAGAGUGUAGAAGCAUCAUAUAGUGUUGAUGCUGUUGCUACUGAAUUGGAAUAAGUACUAUACUAUACUUGCGUUAUAAGCAAUUAAGCCAUUACAAUCAAACCUUACUCAUACUGGAACUAACAGUCCAUCUCUUCUAUGCAUGCAACAUCUUGUCGAACAACAAGUAAGGUUUCUGACUAAGGAUUC